UAAGGCAUCGCAAAACCCUCCAUCGCCGUUUGGAUCUCUCUGUCUCUUUCUUAUCUUCCCCUUUGCACGAAGGAAGAACCCUCAAAGAUGAAUAGGGAGAAGUUAAUGAAGAUGGCUAACACUGUCCGCACUGGCGGUAAAGGGACAGUAAGAAGAAAGAAGAAGGCUGUUCACAAGACAAACACUACCGAUGACAAGAAACUCCAGAGCACACUUAAGAGAAUUGGAGUUAACUCCAUUCCCGGUAUUGAGGAAGUUAACAUCUUUAAAGAUGAUGUUGUCAUUCAGUUCAUUAACCCCAAGGUUCAAGCUUCGAUUGCUGCUAACACAUGGGCUGUGAGUGGUACACCACAGACCAAAAAAUUACAAGACAUACUUCCGCAGAUUAUCAGCCAACUUGGGCCUGAUAACUUAGACAACCUGAAGAAGCUAGCAGAGCAAUUCCAGAAACAGACACCAGGUGGAGCUGAUAUUCCAGCAACUAUCCAAGAAGAGGACGAUGAUGAUGAUGUCCCUGAACUUGUAGUGGGAGAGACUUUUGAGACUCCUGUUACUGAAGAAGCUGCUCAACCCAAAGCUGCUGCUUCUUAGAGAAAGAAGAGCUCCACCAGCAAAACACAUCAUAAAAAUGUUUGUCAGAUUCUUCUUUUCUCUAAUCUUUGAGAACAAAAAGACAUUGUUUUACUAUCACUUGGUGCUUAUCAAGGUUAGAUCUCUUUUUGCUUACCAUCUGUUCAAAUGAGUUCUGUUCUAUAUUCUGUCUUUUUCAGCCAGUCCGUUUAACACAGCAUUCAUGAGUUUUGGGUCUGACUAUUUACAUUAAGUUAUCGACAUUAUAAACAUCAACUUACACAUUGCUAAUGGAUUGUUUUUAGAAGGGUUUUAUUACCAAAAGUGCUAGUUGAAACUAAACUUAGAAUUAUUUUACUAAAUCAAACUAUUUGUAAGAAAUGGGGCCUGAAG